AAAAAAAAAAGAAAGUUCAAAAGGUCCAUGGCAAUGCACAGAGCAAAACUGCAAAACUCCUAUUUUGCCAUCUGCGCCUAUCCAUGGUCUCUGUAUAAUUGUAUCCUUCACCUCUUCCCGUCUGAUUCGUGAAUUAUUUAUCGAAUCCAGAAUUUCCCAAAGCUUGACGUUUUGAUGGGUAAUGGGUUUAUCAUUUGGGCUCUGGUUGCUGCGCUCUCUGCCUUCACUCUGAGAUUUGCUUUGCAAAUAUUGAAUUCUCGAAGAAGCAGAAAACGUGCCGUGGGUUUCUUCCACCCUUACACCAACGAUGGUGGUGGUGGAGAGAGGGUUCUAUGGUGCGCCGUCAAAGCCAUCCAGGAAGAGAGCCCUGACCUUGACUGCUUCAUCUACACCGGCGAUCACGAUGCUUCGCCACAGAGCUUAAUGGUUCGAGCCGUAGAUCGGUUUGGGGUCAAGCUGCUUCACCCACCUAAGGUGGUGCACCUAUAUAAGAGAAAAUGGAUUGAAGAAACCACUUACCCUCGCUUUACAAUGAUUGGGCAAAGCCUUGGUUCUGUUUAUCUCUCAUGGGAAGCUUUGUGCUACCUUACCCCUCAAUAUUAUUUGGAUACUAGUGGACAUGCUUUUACAUACCCACUUGCCCGGAUAUUUGGAUGCAAAGUUAUCUGCUAUACACAUUAUCCUACUAUCAGUUUGGACAUGUUAUCUAGGGUUCGUGAUCGGAGUUCCAUGUAUAACAAUGAUGCCCUCAUUGCUCGGAGCAUUUGGCUAUCGCGGUUCAAAAUUAUUUAUUACAAUUUAUUUAGCCGGAUAUAUGGAUUCGUAGGAUCUUGUGCUCAUCUUGCUAUGGUCAACUCGUCAUGGACUCAGACUCACAUUGAGAAGCUUUGGAAGAUUCCACAUCGUACUAAGCGAGUCUAUCCUCCAUGUGAUACUUCUGGCCUUCAGGUGCUUCCUUUAGAAAGGCCAACUGAAACUCCAAAAAUUAUAUCUGUUGCUCAAUUUCGUCCAGAGAAGGCACAUACUCUACAACUUGAAGCCUUUUCAGUUGCCAUUGGAAAAUUAGAUCCAUACUUGCCAAGACCCAAGCUCCAGUUUGUGGGUAGUUGUCGAAAUAAAUCAGAUGAGGAAAGACUACAGAAUUUAAAGAAUAAAGCAGUUGAACUGAAAAUAGAUGCAGAUGUGGAAUUUCAUAAGAAUAUCGCAUACAGGGAUUUAGUGGAACUUUUAGGAGAUGCCUUUGCAGGAAUCCAUUCUAUGGUUGAUGAACACUUUGGCAUUAGUGUUGUAGAGUAUAUGGCUGCAGGCGCUAUCCCAAUUGCACAUAAUUCUGCUGGGCCAAAGAUGGACAUAGUGUUAGAAGAAGAUGGACAGCAGACUGGAUUUCUAGCCCGUAGUUUGGAUGAAUAUGCUGAUGCCAUCCUGAAUGUCAUGCAAAUGCCAGAAACUGAGAGGCUGAAAAUGGCUAUGGCAGCCAGGAAACGUGCUCGUAGAUUUUCGGAGCAAAGAUUUUAUGAAGAUUUCAAAGCUGCUAUCCGACCAAUUCUAACCCACAAGUCCAAAUGAUACUCUCAACAAAUACAACAUACUUCAUGAUGACUUAGCUGUAGAUUUUUUUAUUUUUUCCUUUUUACUUUUGGGUUUUGUAUUUGACCAGUGUUGUUAAAAACAGAUUAAUUAUAGUUGAAGAUAUGUCCUGGACCAGUGGACCUAACUUUAAAAACUACUACACAUUUUUUUUUUUUUUUCGUGGUGGUACUGAACCAUUUUUAAGCAACCUUAAGUUUCUGUUGUUGUUUCAGCAAAAAAUAAAUAAAUAAAUAAAUAAAUUUAAUAAUAAUAAUAAUAAUAAUUCUGUUGUUGAUUUAAA